CUGUCUCCGACUUUGACUCUCCCGCUCUCUCUCCCACUGUAUUAUUCUCUCUCUCUCUCUCCCAAUCCAUCUUUGCAAUUGGAUGCUUUAUUCCUCAUCGUGAAAGCUGCGUCUCUUCAAAGCAUUCCGCAAAAGCUUCCUCGGCGUGACACUGAAAGAGGCAAAAGAUUUCCCAGCGUUUAAGGUAUUUUUGAUCAAACCAAAACCCCUCCUAAACCCCAAGAAUUCAUUUGUAUAUGCUGUUGUUGCGCCCUCGAAUUGGCCGUAAAGCAGCUUCAUCCUCUGUUCGAUUCCUCUUUCCAACAGCGGAGAUACAAGCUUCCCCGGCGCCAGCUUCAGUAGCUACAAUGGUGGCGCACCACUCCAAAGAUGAGGCCUACCUCAAUACCGUCAUUCCCAAACGCGUCCAGAUUUUUCAGUCAAUACAAGCUCAGCUGCUUGCCGACCGUCGCUCUCUUCCGUCGGAUACAAUCGAGAUCACCUUGCCGGAUGGGACGGUGAAGGAGGGUAAGAAGUGGCAGACAGCACCGAUAGAUGUUGCAAGAGAAAUCUCGAAGAGUUUGGCUGCGAACGCUUUGAUUGCGCAAGUUGAUGGAGUUCUAUGGGACAUGAGCAGGCCACUAGAGGGCGAUUGUGAGCUUAAGCUGUUCACAUUCGAAAGUGACGAAGGGCGUGACACUUUUUGGCAUUCUAGUGCUCAUAUACUUGGACAGGCGCUCGAGAUGGAGUAUGGUUGCAAGCUCUGCAUUGGACCCUGUACCACUAGAGGAGAGGGAUUCUAUUAUGAUGGUUUUUAUGAUGAUUUAGGCUUGAAUGACGAUCACUUCAAGCAAAUUGAGUCUGGUGCGUUGAAGGCUGUAUCGGAGAAACAACCUUUUGAGCGCAUUGAAGUUACAAGGCAACAAGCUCUUGAAAUGUUUUCUGACAAUAAAUUCAAGGUUGAAAUCAUUAAUGAUUUGCCAGAAGACAAGACUAUCACUGUUUAUAGAUGUGGUCCCUUGGUUGAUUUAUGUCGUGGUCCCCAUAUACCAAAUACAUCAUUUGUGAAGGCAUUUGCAUGCCUGAAGGCAUCAUCAGCCUAUUGGAGGGGAAGUAAAGAUCGUGAAAGCUUACAAAGAGUUUACGGGAUAUCUUAUCCUGAUCAAAAACGUUUAAAGGAAUACAUCAAUAUGCUUGAAGAGGCAAAGAAGUAUGACCAUAGAUUAUUGGGUACAAAACAGGAGCUUUUCUUUUGUCAUCCACUUAGUCCUGGAAGCUGGUUUUUCCUUCCUCAUGGAGCUCGGAUCUACAACAAACUUAUGGACUUUAUGCGGGCUCAAUAUAAGGAUCGAGGUUAUGAAGAGGUUGUGUCACCAAAUAUGUACAAUAUGCAACUAUGGGAAACUUCUGGUCAUGCUGCAAAUUAUAAGGAGAAUAUGUUCUUAUUUGAGAUUGAAAAGCAGGAAUUUGGAUUGAAACCAAUGAAUUGUCCUGGCCACUGUUUGAUGUUUCAGCAUAGAGUCCGUUCAUAUAGGGAACUUCCUCUUCGGUUAGCUGAUUUUGGGGUUUUGCAUCGUAACGAGGCUAGUGGGGCACUGACUGGAUUAACUCGUGUGAGAAGAUUUCAGCAGGAUGACGCUCAUAUCUUUUGCAGGGAAAACCAGAUAAAAGAUGAAGUAAGGGGCGUCCUAGAGUUCAUCCAAUACGCUUAUAACAUUUUUGGAUUUACAUUUGAGCUGAAGCUAUCAACGAGGCCAGAGAAAUACCUUGGAGAUUUGGAAACAUGGGAGAAAGCUGAAGCUGCACUUACAGAAGCACUGAAUGAAUUUGGGAAGCCCUGGCAGAUUAAUGAAGGAGAUGGUGCAUUUUAUGGACCAAAGAUAGAUAUUAGUGUAUCCGAUGCAUUGAAAAGAAAAUUCCAAUGUGCAACCCUUCAGUUGGACUUCCAGCUUCCUGCUCGCUUUGAUUUGUAUUACUCUGCAGAGGAUGAGGCCAAGAGGGAACGCCCUGUUAUGAUUCACAGAGCCAUCUUGGGGUCUGUUGAGAGGAUGUUUGCUAUUUUGUUGGAGCACUACAGAGGGAAGUGGCCCUUUUGGCUUAGUCCACGUCAAGCAAUUGUUUGUCCCGUAUCGGAGAAAUCUCAAUCCUAUGCACUGAAGGUGCGUGAUCUAAUUCAUCAUGCUGGUUAUUAUGUCGAUGUGGAUGUUACAGACCGAAAGAUUCAGAAGAAGGUGCGAGAAGCACAGUUGGCACAGUAUAACUACAUAUUGGUCGUUGGUGAGGAGGAGGCUAACACCAAACAGGUAAGCGUACGGGUGAGAGAUAAGGGUGACCAUUCAGUGAUGAGUAUUGAGAACCUGAUCAAACACUUCAAAGAAGAAGUUGCAGCUUUCCAUUAGAGAUGACUUGUUCAUUUGAAAACAGCAUAAGGGGGUAAUGGCAUCAGAUAUUAAUAAAACUCGAUUGUUUUUUGGCUCCCUUUGUCAUUACCAAAAGAAUAUAUUAGUUUCUUUGCCUUGGUUCUAUCCAUGUUCUCAUUUGUGUAAAAUAUGUAUAUGUUUUUGAGUUUCAUGGUUGACAAAUGAUCUAAUGAAGGUAAAAUUUAGCAGUUUUUUGA